UAUGUCUCCUCCAAAGUCAGCCAAUAGUAGGACUACAACUCCAACUUCUUCUAAACGUGAUUCUCUACCUCCUCCAAUAAGUGAUACUCAACUUCCUCCUCCCGUACCUGCUAUGCCAAGUUUGCUUCCUAAAUUAACAAAAGAACUAUCAAAGGUUCAUGAUGAUAUUCCUCCUGUACCUGCAUUACCUUUAUCAAUAACAAAUGAUCAAAAAUCAUCAUUAUCAUCAAAAGGUGAUAAUGUUUCACAUCGUGCAUCAAAAGGUGAUAAUACUUCACAUCGUGCAUCAAAAGGUGAUAAUGUUUCGCCUCGUGAAAAGAGAGAUAAAACUACUGAGACAAGAAAAACAAGGCAGAGAGGAGCGAUAACCGGCCAACAGCAGACUGAUAAGAUAAUCCGACGACAGGUUGGAAAAACACUUCCAGCAAAUAUGGCUCCUGCUCCUGCUCAAUUGGCCGCUCUUACUCUGCCACCUUUUAAUAUUAACGCAUUACCUUCAAAUGUUAAAAUACCCACUCAUUCCAAUCCUAAUAUUAAAUCAAAAACUCCCACUGCUCCUUUCAGAAUGUUAACAACCCCAACUUCAAAAAUUCCUACUCCAACUCUGAUACCAUCAAAACCUACUAAAAUUGGUAAUGGUUUAUCAUCACCAAGUGGUAAGGGACUUUUAUCCACUUCAAGAGUAGCUCCUGCAUCACCAACUAGUAAACAAGGACGUUCACAAUUAAAUAAUGGUACAGCUGUAAAUUCAUCAACUAGCAGUUCUUUAAAUUCUAAAGCAAGGACUAGGCGCCUAUCAACUGCUAUAUCUAAUAUGUUUUCAGGAAAUAAAACUUCUGCAAAAACUCCGACAAGUUUAACUUCGACUAAUUGUAAACAGCGUACAACUUCGCAUUCCACUCAUUCUUUGAGUGCAAAUUCUUCAUCAACACAUCUUCCUAGUUCAUCCAGUUUACUUACACCAGGUUAUAAUAAUAUGGAAGUAGAUUCCUCUUCUUCUGCUGCAAGUACGCCAAGUGGUUAUAAUAAUUCUGCUGGCCAGUAUGAUGAUAAUACAACAAGUGGUGAUGAUGAAACUACCAGCUUUUUACCAGGAUCUGAAAAGAGCAAGAAAGAGCGCGAAAGAGAACGAAGAAGGCAAGAAGCCCGAAUGAAAGGGUCUUCAGCUAUGAAUCCUCACGUAGCACUUAAAACUUAUGCACCAUCUUUAUCAUUAUUUGAGCGUUCAGAAAUAUUAGAAUAUUCUGAAGUUUAUUUUGUGGGUCAAAAUGCCCAAAAAGUCGCAUCGAGUCCUGAAUUGACUGGUUGUAAUUUUGGCUUCGAUGAUGAUCGUGGAGAUUAUAUCGUAAUAAACAAUGAUCAUUUAUGUUAUCGUUAUGAAAUAGUUGAAAGUCUAGGCAAGGGUUCUUUUGGUCAAGUAUUAAAAUGUCUUGAUCAUAAAACGGGAGAGUAUGUGGCUGUUAAAAUAAUUCGAAAUAAAAAGAGGUUUCAUUGUCAGGCAUUAGUGGAAGUAAAAAUUUUAGAAUGCCUAAAUAAAUGGGAUCCUGAUGAUUCUCAUAAUAUCGUCCAUAUGGAUGAUCAUUUUUAUUUCCGGAAUCAUUUAUGUAUUGUAUUUGAGCUUUUGAGUAUGAACUUGUAUGAGUUCAUAAAGAGUCAUGACUUCCAAGGAUUCAGUAUUGGAUUAAUAAAAAGUCGGUUUUACCGAUCCCCUGAAGUCAUAUUAGGAAUGACUUAUAAUAUGGCAAUCGAUAUGUGGAGUUUAGGUUGUAUACUUGCUGAGUUGUAUACAGGUUAUCCACUUUUCCCAGGGGAAGGUGAACAAGAGCAAUUGGCAUACUUAAAUGGUAAUCCACGCCCGGUUAUAAAUUCAAAAGGUAAACGUCGGCGGCCUGGAACAAAAACAUUACAGGGUGUUUUGAAAUGUCAAGACGAAGUUUUCUUGGACUUUAUAUCGCGUUGUCUGCAUUGGGAUCCUGAAAAACGAAUGAAGCCGGAUGAAGGUCUCAUGCAUGAAUGGAUAACUGAUGUGAAACUUAAUACCAGGAACUAUCUUACAAAUUACGAUUUGAUGAGACGACAAAACCCAUCAUCAUCAUCUCUUCCACCAUCAAACAGUAGUCUUUCGAUGAGACAAUCAAAUUCUAGUAUAGCUCGUGGUGCACAAUCAAGUUCACACAGUACACAUAAAUCUACAACCUCUACUUCAAGCCAGAAUCACUUGAUACCCAGCAAUCCCCCACGCAGGAGCCUUGAUGGUCAAAUACGUAGCAAUGGUACAAGGCAACAACAACAAUAUUCAACAUCUAUUCCGAAACUUCCGAUCCGACACCUAGAAAUAAAAUAA